AUGUCUGAGCCCGAGCAGUGCAUCAUAUGUCUUGAGCCCUUGCCGCGCCCCUCGUCCCUCAACGGGUCGGCGCCCGACGAGGCGGUAUCCUCGACUGCUGAUGACCAUGGUCCUGCCGACGAUGCCGGCCAUCUCGACGUCGUGGCCGCUCUGGACGGCUGCGAGCACAUCAACCACGAUGCUUGCAUCCGCUCAUGGGCCCAGAAAACAAACACGUGCCCCAUCUGCCGCAUCCCCUUCCAUACCGUGAGAGUCUACAACGGCGUCGAUGGCACUGCCAUCUCCACAUACGACGUCCAAGACCGAAAGCAGGUUGCCGAGUUCGAUGCCCAGCAGUGGCUGGCCCAGAACCCAGAUCCCGAGGACGACGAAUCCAGUCUCCCAUGCCCUGUAUGCAACUCUGCAGAACAUGAGGACGUCCUGCUUCUCUGCGACGGCUGCGAGGCGGCCUAUCAUACCCAUUGUGUCGGAAUGGACUAUGUCCCCCAGGGGGACUGGUACUGCAUGGAGUGCGUCCAUCUCUUCGAGUUUACGGACGCUCCUGGCGCGUCGGACGCUGGGACACGGUCGCCCCGGCCACAAACCGUACGCCGGCCAAACUCCCGAGACGUUCGGGGGUACCACGUCAGGACCCGCGCACGGCUCAGGACGGUGCGCCGACAGGCCCGAAACGCCGAAUGGCAGGGCGCCUGGGGCCAGUUUUCAGGCCGCUUCUUCGAAAUGAGCGACCUGGAUCUCGACAACCACGAUGACGACGAGGAUCUCGAGCAGUAUCGCCUCUUUCAGCAACAUGACCAGCGAGAGCUACAACGGUGGCAGCAGCGCGUCAAUAUUGCACACCGCCUCGGGGCCCGCGCUGAAUUUGCCAACAGCAUCCCGCCACAGAUUAGCGAGCGCCUUCAGCCUCCGCCUCAGCCUGUCGAGGAGACGAGAGAGGAGCGGCGUGCGUGGGGCGCAUUCGAUCGUGCACGCGAGGCGGAUUCGCGCAACGGCAGCGGCGGGCCUCGCAAGCGGAGAAACCGCUCCGUCACCGCAUCGCCCUCGGAGCCUGUCCCGGAGCCGGAGAGGAAGCUCAAGCGCCCUCGAACUCGACGGCUCCCUAACCAGGUGCGGCCAGCAAAUGGGCUCUCCUCGAGAAACGGUCUCGGCCGGGUCGAAAACGAGCCGCCGUUGGUAUCGUCGCUGCUUAAGGAGCUCGAACCCAAUGCUCCAUCCGAAGACGAGACUCCCGUAUUGGUCACGAACCGACGGUCGCAGCCUGAAGCGUCUUCUCCGGCCAUAUCUCCCUCGCCCUCGAACCACAGUAGCCCUCGGGCUCUCUCUCUGACUCCCCCACCUUUGCCACGCACCAACGGUCGGGAGGCAUCUCCCACCCUGUCCUUGAGCACGCAUAUCGAGCCGAGGUACCCGCCGGCAAACUACUCACCAAACCGAGCCACGAGCGACCACAGCGACUCUGAGACGCGGCGGGGCAGAGCCGAAGUUCGUCCCCUGGAGUUGCGUCAACCUCGACCCCGACGGCCGCGGCCAACGCAGUCGCGUGCGGAAGAGAUGUCGCCGACCCGGCUAGCCAUGACGCAUGAAGAAAAGAAGAGCAUCAAUGCCAUCGUCAAAGGCGCUUUGAGGCCGCAUUGGCGAGCCCAGAAGCUGACGACGGAACAAUACGAAGCAAUCAAUCGGGCGAUUUCGCGGAAGCUUUACGACGAAGUGAAGGAUGCGUCCGCGCUCGACGAAGAGACUCGCCAAUCAUGGGAGAAGCGAGCCACCCAGGAGGUGGCUGAAGCGGUCGCGGAGCUUCGGAUUUGA